CGAAGAUUGUGCUCCGAUUCAUUUCACUUAGGGUUAUUUCUCCGAUCAGAUCCGAUUUCAGUUCCUUCUCCGUCUGAUUCUCUCCUCCACCACGAUGUCUCUCCGUCGCACUAUCCUCGAUCUCCACCGUCAAACCCAGAGAGCCUCUCUCUCAAAGUCUCUACCUUUCUCGAUGAGUCACAUCUCCUCCGCGUCCGCCGUGAGAAACCCACUGGGAAGAGACAUCUCUUCAAUCCCAUUCGCACUAGCCCAGAAACUGAAACCAGAGUCAACCAAUCUGGUCACCGAUCGUUCGAUAUCGUCUUCUAUUGGGCAAUCUGAUGUCAACAAGGCAGCCAAAUUCUCGCGUCUCUCGUCUUCUCGAGGUUACACUAACGCCUCUUUCUUACGCAAAAUCCCUAUACUCUUUCACAUACAUGAAGGAAUGGAAGAGAUUUUGGCGGAUUAUGUUCACCAAGAAAUGACAAGGAAUUUGAUGGUGAUCUCUUUGGGACUGUUCCAGAUUAUCGUUAUCAAAGAUAUUGUCUUGUUUCUUCUCUGAAACAUCUUUUGGGAUCUAAGGAACACUCACUCGAUCAUCACCUGUUAAUGAAUAGUGGGCUAAAAAAAAAAAAGUCUUUCCUUUUAUCUUCUUUGUUUUAUGAAUAAGAACAUGAUGCAAUAUCGCAUCGUUUUACCUUGAAGCUUCCGUUGUGUGUUGGUUCAGUUUAUGGGUUUUUUUCUUUCUUUCAAGUUUGGUGUAUUUGUAAGGCUUAAGUGGAAUUGUAAGUCUGUUUUGCUUUCCUGUUUUGAGUCAGGAGUAUUGUUCCUGAGGCUUUGAAGACUAUUUUAAGCUUUUGAUUGAAUAACGAAACCUUUACUCAGCUUUGAUCACAAUUGCUAGUUGUGGCUGUAAA